CAUUGGCUCCAUUGAUCGGAUUGUAGUAGUCGCCAUGUCUGUUUACCGCUCGCUCUUCUUGGUGGCCUUCGUUGUGGUCGUGGCUACUGCAUUCCACGCAAGCGCACAACUGGACCCUGGAUUCUACGACAAGGUGUGCCCGCAGGCAUUGCCGACUAUCAAAGCAGUUGUCGAGCAGGCGGUCGCACGCGAAAAGCGCAUGGGCGCAUCGUUACUCCGUCUGCACUUCCAUGACUGCUUCGCCACUGGAUGUGAUGGGUCCCUUCUCUUAGAUGACACUCCGACGUUCACCGGCGAGAAGACAGCAUUGCCGAACUUAAACUCCGUUAGGGGAUUCGAUGUCAUCGACCAAAUCAAGGCUGCUGUGGACUCGGCCUGCUAUGGGAGCGUUGUAUCAUGUGCCGAUAUCUUGGCCAUCACAGCUCGUGACUCUGUCGUUGCGCUGGGAGGCCAACCUUACAUUGUACCGUUGGGCCGAAGAGACUCGAGAACCGCCAGCAAGGAAGCAGCAAACACCCGCAUCCCAGCGCCGUUCUCCAACUUCUCGGCGCUCCUCUCCAGCUUCCAAUCACAAGGGCUGACACUCGAGGAUCUUGUCAUCCUAUCUGGGGCCCACACGAUCGGCCUGGCCCGGUGCACGAAUUUCCGCAGCCACAUCUACAAUGACACCGAUAUCGACCCCGCCUUCGCCGACUCAUUGAAAACCGAGUGCCCGGUGACCGGAGACGGCAACAACACCGCGCCGUUGGAUGCUACGACAACCGUGUUCGACACUGUAUACUACAGUGGGCUGUUGUAUAAGAAGGGGUUGCUACAUUCCGAUCAAGAGCUUUUCAAGGGUGAUGGGAGUGCAAGUGAUGGCCUGGUGAGUUACUACAGUGCUAACCCAACUGCAUUUUGGGCUGACUUUGGUGUGUCCAUAGUCAAAAUGGGAAAAUUGAACCCCCUUACUGGGUCUGAUGGAGAGAUUCGUUUAAACUGUAGGAGGGUGAAUUAAUGCCAUUCAUCAAGUGGGCCACUAUUGUACUUUGGUUUGUUUGCUAUUUGA